AUGAGCAAUAAUCAACUAAUUAAUGUUAUCGCCCCCUCACAAGCCCUUCAAAGUUUCCAGCAAUCGCAACAGCAAGCGACCGCGGCGAUCGUUGUUUUUCAAGCUCCAGAGCAACCUGCCGUUGCUCUUCAAGAAGCUCCACAGCGGCCAGCCGUU